AUGCAAGUUUCUUACUUGUCCUACUAUGAUUGGAAUAAUUGGAAGAUUUCCAUCGAGGAUCGACUCAAACACGACGAUCGAUUUCAGUUCCUACGUCCUUUAAAUGGCUUUAUUACCGGAGAACAGGCUCGCGAUUUCUUCACCCAAUCCAAACUUCCCACUCACGUUUUGGCGAAAAUUUGGUCACUUGCGGAUCUCACUUCAGAUGGACAAUUAGAUAAAAAGGAAUUUUCCAUUGCUAUGUACUUGAUCAAAAAGUGUUUAGAGGGGAAUUGUCUUCCCUUACAACUCCCUCCAACAUUACUACUUGAACCGCAAUACCACAUUCCAUCGCUUUCAUUAGAUCCGUUAUCCCCCCAGGGUUCUCUUAAAUCAAACAACGAUAAUAGAGCUUCAAAAUUUGAGGACAAUUCUAAUGAUUGGAGUAUUUCUUCCGCUCUUCGUCCUAAAUACAAGCUUCAAUUCAACCAAAAUGACCGGAAUAAGCGCGGUUAUCUAACUGGAGUUGAAGCUCGAGGAAUAUUUCUUAAAUCCAAUCUACCUCAACCCCAGCUGGCUGCGAUUUGGAACUUAGCGGAUGUUGACAAAGAUGGAAAUCUUACCUGUGAAGAGUUUUGUAUCGCUGCUUAUCUUAUCGAUCAGGUUCUAGCGGGUAGAAAACUUCCAGCUGCUCUUCCUUCCACUCUUAUGCCCUCAUCCCUUGUUUUACAGGCAGAUCGACUUAAGUCACACCCUUCUGAUGCGGAUGAAAAGGUAGAGUUCGAAGAUCGAAUCACGUUUGAAGAUAAAAGGAUGCAAAAUUUCCUUCUUGGACAGGCUGAAUUGGAUAAGAGAAAACAGGAUUUGGCUGAGCAAAUGCGUCAGGAGGAAGAACAGAGGCGGGAAGAAGCCCGUCUUGAAUUGGAAAAGCGGGAGAAAUUUCGACAAGAGAAGGAGCGCGAGCGCCAACGUCAGUUAGAAGCGGAGGCGGAGAAAGCACGUGCUAUUGAAGCGCGUCGUCAAGACUCUGCCACAGCGCGUCUUAAUUCCCAACGAGAAGAACUCCGUCGACGUGCUGCCGAAGCUGAGGCCUCACGAGUGGCGGCACUUGCUCGAGAACUCGCGCAGGAGACAGCCGCUCUUGAGAAUGCCCGAGCUCAGGUGGCCAAGAGAGCUACUUUAGCGCAACACUUAGCCCAAGCACAGGCUGAAGUGAAUGCCAAAAAGGCAGUGAUCACGGGGCUUGCAGGCGAGAGAGUUGUCGUGGAGAGGGAGUGCAAGGAUUUAGCUGAGCGCUUGGAGGCUGCGAAAGAGGAGCUGAAUCGUUGGCAAAAGGAGCAGGAACAAAUCCAACGCCAACUAGCACCUCCACCAACUGUUGUUGUGGACAUUACUAACACUACGGAGCAACAGAAGACUCUUCGUUCUAAUCUUAAGCAAGUGCAGGAAAGCAAGCGUCAAUUGGAGGCCCAGUUGAGCGAACUGGAGACGGAGGUUCUUCGUGGAGGUCAACGACUAGCAAGUCAUCGCCACACGGCUGAAGAGUUGGCUAAGAAGCGAUCACAACUAGCCACGGAAGUCAAUGCUCUUCUCGCCACCCUCCUCGAACGACGACACACCUUCCAUCGCCAAAAGCAACAACGCAUCAAAGAGGACCAACAGCAGAAUUUAUUCGACACCGCUGCUGCUACCAAACAGAAUGAUAUUGAUGCUGUCAAUGCUAUCACUAGUCCACCGUUUGAAGUAUGUGAGGGAUGGUUGUACGGCGAGAUGGGUGGAAAACGCGGUCUUGUGCCGGCCUGCUAUGUGAAGAAAUCCUCUCCAGAGGAUGAAAUAACUCAACCCGCAGCCACCGUCGAUCCCUUUGCUCUUCCAGCUUCUGCUAUCUCAUCUACCGCCAAUUCCGCUUCAAUAAAUCCUUUCCCCGCUUUCAGUGGUCCUCCAAAUCAAUCUAAUUCUCUGCAACUGGCGGAUGAUAUUUCAGCAACCUUUAGUGGAGAAAAGCCGCUUUUCACUUGUAUAGCACUGUACAACUAUGAGACGAACAUUCCUGGUGAUUUGAGCUUACAGGUUAAUGACAAAGUGGAAGUAUUUGUGGAUAAUAAUGGAUGGUAUGAGGGGGUGUCUCAGCGCACUAGACAACGUGGUCUAUUCCCGGCUAACCAUGUGCAGAAGCUACAAUCUGAUAAUGAAACUACCAAUACGAGUAGCUCAACCGGCCAAGUUUCAGCUUUUCCCGAUGCAGGAAGUUUGGAAAAGAGUGCUUCCAAAGUGACUCCUACACCACCACUACAGUCCACCACACCGCCCCCUGCUUUUGCCCAGGGCAAAGUGGAGGAAGAGGCGAAUAAAGAGACUGUUGACGCCACAGAUGGUGACCGGAGAGAAGCUGAUUCCGCCGUGAUUACUGUCUGCGAAACUCCCGAGUUAGCUGUGGUGAUAACACCAUUUACGGCAAAAAGUUGUGAACAACUCUCCCUCACAGUCGGCCAGUACGUCAAGAUUCGUGCUAAGUCGUCGAAAGGUUGGUGGGAAGGCGAAACACAGCAACGUGGCCAGGAUCGACGAAUAGGUUGGUUCCCGGCUGAUUAUGCUCGUCUUGUUAGUGCGAAUAACUCAACAGAAAGCCAACCAGCUGCGGGUAGUAAAGAAGCCUCAGAAGAACCUCCUCUUGUGAUUAAAGAAUCCACUGCUGAGCAUGUAGAAUCUCUUACACCUCAAACAUCAGAACCAUUGACAAGUGCAGAAGCUAAAAUCGAAGAAUUUCAAACGCCUGCAGCAAAAGGUACAGAAAAUUCUACUUCAACUGUAGCCUCAUCGGACCUUGCGUCAGCGACCGUGGUACAAUCAAUGUUCGCCUACAAGGCCUGCCAACCCGAUGAAAUGACUUUUCCUGAAGGAGCUCUUAUUGUCGUCCUUGCCCACGAAGAGGAGGGUUGGUGGAGGGGACGAAUUAAUUCAACAGGAGUUGAAGGUCUUUUCCCUGUUAAUUACGUUAAACCCUACCAUACUACAAGUGAAUCUUCCGCUCCCCACUCAGCUACUUCGGCCUUAAAACCCUGUGAGUUCCAAAUUUAA